AUGAAUAGAACUAUUAGAGAAUCCGCGUUACGCGGUGUUUUACAGGCGUUUUUGCAAAUUUGCCUCUGCUUAAUACUCGUCUCGACCGUUUCAGCUAAACAUUGUGACAAAACACAAUGUAAGGGUCCAAUACGAUACCUAGAAGAGCUUAAAUGCAAACCAAUUUAUGAUAAACCUGGCGAUUGUUGUGCUAUCCGUUACGAUUGUUCCCAUUUAAGUAGACGUUCAAAGGAUAAAUGUUAUUUCAAUGGUAAAACAUAUAAUAUUGGACAAAUAAUUAAAGACGAAGAUCAAAGUAAUCCAUGCAAUAUAGGCUGCACUUGUAAAAGGUCAUACGCAGGCAUAGCAGGGUUUACAUGUGCUGUAGCAGAAUGUAUGUUUCCAAUUCGAGAAGGAUGCUUCUUAGGGAAAAGCUUAGACAGUUGUUGUGGAAGGGAAAUCUGCCCUACUGACGAUUCUCAACAUAAAAUGAUAUGUGAAGUUGAUGGGCAAACGUAUAUGCAAGGAAUGAACUUUUAUCCAAUGAAAGAUCCUGAUUUGAUAUGCCAGUGUUUGCCAGGAUACCGUGGGGAAAAUGUAAAACCAUUCUGCAGAAAGAUUGACUGUGGCACCGAGCUGCAUCAGGCUAUAGAAAUUUAUAAUAAAUGUCCACCAGUAUUUUAUUCGGAUCAGAAACCACAAGACAGUUGUCCUUUACAACACAGAUGCCAAAACAAGGAUGAUAAAUUGCUCAAUGGAAGAAUAGUCCCCAUAUUGUCAGUGCCUGGUGUUUUUCUCCUUGAAAUGAUAAAUAAUAAAAACAACAAAUUUAUAGAUAAUAAUAAGUGCAAGUUUGGUAAUCUGACAAUGGAAAUCGGAGAUGAGUUGAACCAAGCAACCGACUAUAGUUCCGUAUGCGUGAGAUGUGUUUGUGAAGUGCCACCCACACCAACUUGUCAACGGCUUCCAGAUAAUGAAUGCGACGUUACAAAUCAUCCACUAUUUUAAAAUAAGAUUUUUAAUAAUUAUA